CCUCUGAUAGGUGAUAUUAAACCCCCAAAAAAAAUCUUAUUAAAAAAAAAAAAGAAAGCAACAAAUUCUAGGGUUUGACUGAGGAAAAGAAAAAAAGAAAAAAGAAAAAUUGAGCAUCCUCCUAUCGCGUGAAGCCCACAACAGCGAUAGGGUCGUAGUGAGUCACUGCUUGAAUCGCCGAUCUACAUCUGUCGCUCUUCAGAUCCAUCACCAUUACCGCUCCGCAAUUAUCGUUUUUUUUUUUUAAAGGGAGAAAAAAUUGGAGCAAAAAUUAAAAAAACCUAGAGAGAGUGUGGAUAGACGGAGAUUAUAGCUGUGUGUAUAUGUUUUGAACGUUGGGAUCGGGAGGGUAAAAUUGGGGUUUUGUCAAAGUUUUGCCUCGAUUUGGCUUUUUCCUCUAUUUCUACUCUGUUUGUGCUUUUUAACUUUUUUUUUUUUCAUUUUCUGGGGGCGGAAUUUAAAAGGAUUGGUUUCAUUUUGGUAUUAAAUUUGCAUGCAAUCUGCUGGAGGUGGUGGUGGUGGACCCAGCCGGGUGGGGCCGGCUGGGCGGGCGGCCUCCACGUCAUCAGCAGCAUCGCCAUCUUCGUCUUCCUCUGCAGUAUCGACGCCACAGUUAGGUUUCGACUCGGUACAGCAGCAGCAGCAGCAGCAACAAAUGGGGUCUAGGCAGGCAUUGCAACACCAAUUACUUAGAAAACCUGAAGGCAAUGAAACUCUUCUAGCUUAUCAAGCUGGUGCUUUUCAAGGAGUUAUGGGAGGAAGCAGUUUUUCUUCAUCUCCAGGUUCAAUGCAAAUGCCUCAACAGUCCAGAAAAUUCUUUGAUUUGGCUCAGCAGCAUGGUUCCUCCCAGGAUGGCCAGAAUAGGAAUCAAGCUGCUGAACAAGUAGUUCUGAAUCCUGUCCAGCAGGCGUAUCUCCAGUUUGCUCUCCAGCAACAAAAGUCAUUUUUGGCAAUGCAGUCACAACAGGCAGCUAAAAUGGGAAUUUUGGGCCCUGCAACUAGCAAGGAUCAGGACAUGAGGAUGGGAAAUUUGAAAAUGCAGGAACUCAUGUCCAUGCAGGCAGCUAACCAAGCUCAGGCAUCAUCAUCCAAAAUCUCACCUGAGAGUUUUUCUCGUGGUGAAAAGUCAGUGGAGCAAGCACAACAGCUAGCCUCUGAACAGAGGAAUGAGCAAAAGCCUCCAAGCCAACCCGCUGUCAUUGGACAACUAAUGCCUUCUAAUGUUAUAAGACCCAUGCAGGCACCUCAGACUCAGCAAAGCCUCCAAAAUAUGGCAAACAAUCAGCUUGCAAUGGCUGCUCAGUUGCAAGCAAUGCAGGCAUGGGCACUUGAGCGAAACAUUGAUCUGUCACUACCUGCAAAUGCAAACUUGAUGGCGCAGCUCAUCCCACUUAUGCAAUCAAGGAUGGCUUCACAGCAAAAGGCCAAUGAAAGUAGUGCAGGUCCACAGACAUCACCUGUUCCUGUGUCAAUGUCAAAGCAUCAGGUUGCUUCCCCACCUGUUGCAAGUGAGAGUUCUCCGUGCGCUAAUUCCUCCAGUGAUGCCUCUGGGCAGUCUGGCCCUCCUAAAGUGAGGCAGAGUGUUUCCACUGCCCCAUCUGGCCCAAGAUCCAAUGCAGGGAUAAUCAACAACACUAACAACCUUGCAGGGCAACAGCUUGCCUUUCACAGCAGAGAGAACCAAGUGCCUCCUAGAACGGGGGGCGGCCUUGGAAAUGGAAUGCCUGUCAUGCUUCCACCGCAGUCAUCUACAAACGUGAGCCAAGGUGCAGAUCAGACUUUUCCUGCAAAAAAUGCAUUAAAUAGCCCAGAAAACUUACAAAUACAGCAUCUCAAGCAAUUAAGUCGAUCUUCUCUACAACCUGCUGGCCCUUCUAAUGAUGGAGGAUCAAUCAACCACUUCCCAUCGCAGGGUGGGCCUGCUGUCCUGAUGGCACAACCGCGUGUUGGGUUCACUAAACAACAAUUACAUGUUCUUAAAGCACAAAUACUAGCAUUUAGGCGACUGAAGAAAGGAGAAGGUACACUUCCUCAAGAGCUUCUUCGAGCUAUUGCUCCUCCUUCUCUUGAGUUGCAGCAGCAAUUACUUCCUGCAGGAGGAGGUAAUCAGGAUCGAUCUGGUGGGAAGAUUCCUGAGGACCAACCUAGGCAUUUGGAAUCCAAUGAGAAGAACUCUCAGGAAAUACCAUCUGUUAAUGGACAGAAUGUCACGAAAGAGGAAGCAUUUGCAGGAGAUGAGAAAGCAACUGUCUCAGCAAGUCAUAUGCAAGCCACAACAGCUGCAACAAAGGAACCUGCAACAUCAGUGACUGCUGAAAAAGAAGAGCAGCAAACUGCUACAUUUCCUGUUAAGUCCGACCAGGAGGUGGAACGAAGUGUUCAGAAAACACCUGUUAGAAGAGAUGUUGCAGCUGACAUGGGAAAAGCAGUUGCAUCACAGUUUCCUGUGUCUGAUGCAGCACAAGUGAAGAAACCUGCACAAACAAGCACUCCACCCCAGUCAAAAGAUACUGGCUCUGCCAGAAAGUAUCAUGGACCAUUAUUUGAUUUUCCCUUCUUUACCAGGAAGCAUGAUUCCAUUGGGUCAUCAGGGAUGAUCAACACUAACAAUAAUCUAGCAUUGGCAUAUGAUGUCAAAGAUCUUCUUUUUGAGGAAGGCAUGGAAGUGCUUAACAAGAAGAGGUCAGAAAAUCUGAAGAAAAUCAAUGGUUUACUGGCAGUAAAUCUGGAGAGGAAAAGGAUUAGACCGGAUCUUGUGUUACGGUUACAAAUUGAAGAAAAAAAGCUUAGGCUUCUCGAUUUACAGGCACGCUUAAGAGAUGAAGUAGAUCAACAACAGCAGGAGAUAAUGGCAAUGCCUGACAGGCCAUAUCGGAAGUUUGUUCGGUUAUGUGAGCGUCAACGGAUGGAGCAAGCAAGACAAGUACAGGCCUCUCAAAAAGCCAUGAGAGAGAAACAAUUGAAGUCCAUCUUCCAGUGGCGUAAGAAACUUCUUGAGGCCCACUGGGCCAUCCGUGACGCGCGAAUUGCCCGCAACAGAGGAGUUGCCAAAUACCAUGAGAGAACAUUGAGAGAAUUUUCUAAGAGAAAGGAUGAUGAUCGGAAUAAAAGGAUGGAGGCAUUAAAGAACAAUGACGUUGAAAGGUAUCGGGAAAUGUUGCUGGAGCAGCAGACUAGCAUCCAAGGUGAUGCUGCUGAGAGAUAUGCUGUUCUCUCAUCGUUCUUGACUCAGACUGAAGAAUAUCUUCAUAAAUUGGGUAGUAAAAUAACAGCUGCCAAGAAUCAGCAGGAAGUAGAGGAGGCUGCAAAUGCUGCAGCUGCAGCUGCAAGACUGCAGGGUCUGUCAGACGAAGAAAUAAGGACAGCAGCUGCAUGUGCUGGAGGGGAAGUAAUGAUAAGAAACCAAUUUAUGGAAAUGAAUGCACCCAAGGAUAGUUCAUCUGUUAGCAAAUAUUACCAUCUUGCUCAUGCGGUCAAUGAGAGGGUCAUAAGGCAGCCUUCCAUGCUACGGGCUGGAACCUUGCGAGAUUAUCAGCUUGUAGGGUUGCAAUGGAUGCUCUCUCUGUAUAACAAUAAAUUAAAUGGAAUCCUGGCGGAUGAGAUGGGUCUUGGAAAGACUGUUCAGGUGAUGUCACUGAUUGCUUAUCUGAUGGAAUUUAAAGGAAACUAUGGUCCGCAUCUUAUAAUUGUCCCUAACGCUGUGAUGGUAAAUUGGAAGAGUGAGUUCCAUAACUGGCUUCCAUCUGUAUCAUGCAUUUUUUAUGUUGGUGGAAAAGAUCAACGGUCAAAAUUAUUUUCUCAAGAGGUUUCUGCUAUGAAAUUUAAUGUUCUUGUGACAACUUAUGAAUUUAUCAUGUAUGAUCGGUCAAAACUUUCUAAAGUGGAUUGGAAGUAUAUCAUAAUUGAUGAAGCACAGAGAAUGAAGGACAGGGAAUCGGUUUUAGCCCGUGAUCUUGACAGAUAUCGCUGCCAGAGGCGCUUACUUCUUACAGGGACACCAUUACAGAAUGAUUUGAAGGAGCUUUGGUCACUUUUAAAUCUACUUUUACCAGAAGUUUUUGAUAAUCGGAAAGCAUUUCAUGAUUGGUUCUCAAAACCCUUUCAAAAGGAAGGUCCUGCACAUGAUGCAGAGGAUGACUGGCUUGAAACUGAAAAGAAGGUCAUCAUCAUUCACCGCCUUCAUCAAAUUUUGGAGCCUUUUAUGCUUAGACGUCGUGUUGAAGAUGUGGAAGGUUCGCUUCCACCCAAGGUUUCAAUUGUUUUGAGAUGUAGAAUGUCUGCUAUUCAGAGUGCCAUUUACGAUUGGAUCAAAUCUACUGGUACUCUUCGAGUUGAUCCUGAAGAUGAGAAGCGCAGGGUCCAAAAAAAUCCAAUAUACCAGCCUAAGGUGUACAAAACUUUAAAUAACAGAUGUAUGGAACUUCGGAAGGCUUGCAAUCAUCCUUUGCUCAAUUACCCUUAUUUUAGCGACUUUUCCAAGGAUUUCCUUGUUAGAUCCUGUGGGAAGUUGUGGGUUCUGGAUAGGAUCCUCACAAAACUUCAAAGGACAGGGCAUCGGGUACUACUUUUUAGUACAAUGACAAAGCUCCUUGAUAUAGUGGAAGAGUACUUGCAAUGGCGAAGGCUGGUAUACAGGAGGAUUGAUGGAACAACUAGCCUGGAAGAUCGAGAAUCAGCUAUUGUGGACUUUAACAGCUAUAAUUCUGACUGCUUUAUCUUCUUGCUUAGCAUUCGUGCAGCUGGAAGGGGUCUUAAUCUUCAAUCUGCUGACACAGUUAUCAUAUAUGAUCCUGAUCCAAACCCUAAAAAUGAGGAGCAGGCAGUGGCUAGAGCCCACCGAAUUGGACAGACAAGAGAGGUCAAAGUCAUUUAUAUGGAAGCCGUUGUUGACAAAAUUUCUAGCCAUCAGAAAGAGGAUGAAUUAAGAAGUGGAGGUUCACUUGAUCUAGAAGAUGACCUUGCUGGUAAAGAUCGAUACAUGGGGUCUAUUGAGAGCCUCAUAAGGAAUAAUAUUCAACAAUAUAAGAUUGACAUGGCUGAUGAGGUUAUCAAUGCUGGACGCUUUGACCAAAUAACAACACAUGAAGAGAGACGCAUGACUUUGGAGACAUUACUACAUGAUGAAGAGCGUUAUCAAGAAACAGUCCAUGACGUUCCAUCACUGCUAGAGGUAAAUCGCAUGAUAGCAAGGAGUGAAGAUGAAGUUGAAUUAUUUGAUCAAAUGGAUGAAGAGCUGGAUUGGACUGAAGAGAUGACAAGCUAUGACCAGGUACCUAAAUGGCUUCGUGCCAGUACAAGAGAUGUGAAUGCUGCAAUUGCUAAUUUAUCAAAGAAACCUUCAAAAAAUAUCUUGUUUGCUAGUGGUAUGGGUAUGGAAACCAAUGAAGUUGAAACUGAAAGAAAAAGGGGGAGACCCAAGGGGAAAAAGUCUCCUAACUACAAAGAAAUUGAUGAUGACAAUGGGGAAUACUCUGAGGCUAGUUCUGAUGAGAGGAAUGGAUAUUCUGCACGUGAAGAAGAGGGAGAAAUCCGAGAAUUUGAAGAUGAUGAAUCUAGUGGUGCUAUUGAGGCACCUCCCAUCAUUAAGGACCAAUCAGAAGAUGAUGGUCCAGCAUGCGAUGGUGGGUAUGAGUAUCACCGGGCUUCAGAAAGUACUAGAAAUAAUCAGAUGGUAGAAGAAGCUGGUUCCGCUGGAUCUUCCUCUGAUAAUCGAAGAAUGACAAGAAUGGUGUCUCCUGUUUCUUCACAGAAAUUUGGGUCCCUUUCUGCAUUAGAUGCUAGACCAGAUUCUGUUACUAAAAAGCUGGCAGAUGAAUUGGAGGAAGGGGAAAUUGCAGUGUCUGGAGAUUCUCACAUGGAUCACCAGCAAUCUGGAAGUUGGAUACAGGAUCGUGAUGAAGGUGAAGAUGAACAGGUUCUGCAACCUAAGAUAAAACGGAAACGUAGUAUUCGGGUUCGUCCACGCCAUACCUUAGAAAAACCAGAGAAGUCUGGCGUUGAGGCGCAUCGUGGAGAUUCAGGUUUGAUGCCAUUCCAAGUGGACCAUAAACAUCAAUCACAGUUGAGGACUGAUGCUGAAAUGAAAACAUUUGGACAGCCCAGUGCUUCCAGGCAUGAUCAGACUGAUUCCUCAAAAGGCAGGAGAAACUUACCAUCAAGGAGAAUAGCUAAUACAACGAAGUUGCAUGCUUCACCAAAGUCUAGCAGAUUGAAUAUACAGUCUGCUCCAGCAGAAGAUGCUGCUGAACUCUCCAGAGAGAAUUGGGAUGGCAAAGUUACAAAUCGAAGUGGAAACUCUUUGUUGGGCUCUAGGAUGUCAGAUGUCAUCCAGAGAAGGUGUAAAAAUGUAAUUAGCAAGUUUCAAAGGAGAAUAGACAAGGAAGGCCAACAAAUUGUGCCUCUUCUAACAGCCUUGUGGAAGAGGAUUGAGAAUUCUAGUUGCAUGAGUGGUGCUGGAAAUAAUCUUUUGGAUUUGCGGAAGAUUGAAUUGCGUGUUGACAGAUUAGAAUACAAUGGAGUCAUGGAGCUUGUAUUCGAUGUGCAAUUUAUGUUGAAGGGCGCAAUGCAAUUCUAUGGGUUCUCGCAUGAGGUGAGAUCUGAAGCAAGGAAAGUACAUGAUCUCUUUUUUGACAUCUUGAAGAUUGCAUUCCCUGACACUGACUUCCGAGAAGCCAGAAAUGCACUCUCUUUUUCUAGCACCAGUUCUACUCCAUCACCAAGACCAGCAGCUAUAGGACAAAGCAAGAGACACAGGAUAAUAAAUGAGGUAGAACCAGACAAUAGUUCUAGCCAUAGGCCGAUUCAACAAGGAUCAAUACCUACUGGUGAUGACACAAGGAUCAAAGUCCACUUGCCAAAGGAAACAAGGCAUGGGAGUGGGACUGGCAGUAGUCGGGAACAAUGCCAGCAGGGUGAUUCUCCACAUCCAGGGGAGUUGGUUAUCUGCAAGAAGAAGAGGAAAGACAGGGAUAAGUCGGUGGUUAAGUCAAGGACUGGAUCUAGUGGCCCAGUUUCUCCCCCUAGCAUGGGUCGUAAUAUAACGAAUCCAGUUCCAGGUUCAGUCUCUAAGGAUAUGAGAGUGGCUCAGCAGAAUUCCCAUCAACAAGGGUGGGCCAACCAACCUCAACCAGCAAAUAAUAGCAGCAUCGGUGGUGGUGGUGGUGGUGGCAAUGUUGGUUGGGCAAAUCCUGUAAAAAGGUUGAGGACAGAUGCUGGUAAAAGGAGGCCAAGCCAUUUAUGACUUCCUAAUGAAGAUAGUGUAUAAUGGAAAGAAAAAUUGUUGCUGUUAAGUUGAGCUGCAAUAGUGGCCCUUUGUGGCCUUUAACAAGUGCAGUUAGUCUAUACUGUUAAUAUAGCGUAGGUGAUUGAUCAUUGUAUACUGGUCCUUCCAUGAUUUGAGAAAUCCAAUAGUUUUCACCUCUGCAUCUUGCAGUUA